AUGGACAUCGAACGCCUGAUUGCGGAAGUUAAGAAGCGGCCGGUGUUAUACGACAAAAAAUGUUCGGCUUACCGAAGAGCGAGCGAAAUGGAGCGAGCGUGGACCGGUGUUGCCGAAGCGCUAAAUAUGAAAGUUGAAUCUUGCAAAAAGCGAUGGAAAAGCUUGAGAGACAAUUUUAUCAAACACUACCGCGUGGAGAUGCAACCGGAUCAGCAGCAAACACAGGGGGUUCGAAAAGCGUGGCCCUACUAUGAGAAUAUGGGCUUCUUGCGAGGGCACGUCGAAGUGUACCGCUUGAAGACGCUGGAGUGUAGCAGGCCCGCUUCACCAGACAUCAGCGCCCACAAGGUUGAAGAAUCGUUCCAUGGAUCCGUAUACGAUGAAUCACAACCGGAGUACUACGAAAUUGACGAAGAUAUGGCGAUGACGAUGGUUGAUUUGGACGAGCAGCACGAUCAAGAGCUACAAUCCGAGGAAGCUUCUUCGGCACCCCUCAAGCGAUCCUCUACCACAAAGACGAGUGAAACGUGUGAACGCUUCGGGACGGACCAUCCACAACCGAUUGUCGAUCCGGACGAACGGUUCUUGCUGAGCUGUGCACCGGUGUUGCAGCGACUACCGAAAAAGAAGAAUGCCCUCGUAAGGCUCAAGAUACAGCAACUACUGUACGAGGUUGAGUUCGAAAAUGAAGAGACUGAGGAAGCGCCGGAAGUGGCCGUCAUCAAGAAGCGGGCAUAUAAUUAACGUUUUAGUAGCUUUCCCAGAUAUCGAUCGAUUCUGUGAGCAAUAGA